AUGUUGCGUAGAAAUGCUUUCAUCGGAGCUGCACUCGUUACAACGGCUGCAGCAUGGAACGUAGACGUCCAUAAUCAGAUCGGCUUCAUGGCAGAGACAUUUUUCACACCCGAAACGACUUCCGUCCUCGCAAAGAUCCUCGAACCUGAGUACAACGGCUCCGUCGGGCGCUCCGCAGCAUGGGCAGACGCGUACGCACACACUAGUGAAGGUCACUUCUCCUACCAGUGGCACUGGAUAGACACGCAUGAUCGUCAGCCUGAACACUGCAAUUUAGAUUACACACGGGACUGCGCCAAGGGUGGAUGCGUUGUUAGCGCUAUCGCAAACCAGACCAAGAUACUGCGGAAGUGUAUAAAUGAGGUGUACGCUGCAGAGUUAACUAGAGGCAUAAACCUAACAUGCUCCUAUGCACUUAAGUGGGUGGCUCAUUUCCUGGGAGACAUCCACCAGCCUCUGCAUGCGAGCGGCCGUGCUGUAGGGGGCAAUACGUUCAAGGUAGUGUUUGGUGGAGUGUCAACACAAUUACAUGCUGUCUGGGACGGAUAUCUACCAUAUUUUGCGGCAAAUGUCCAGCACCCGUUCUCGAACCAAUCGAUCGAUCCCUUCUUCUCCGGCCUUGUCACUCGUAUCCGUAAAGAUCAGUUCUACUCGGCGCCAUACAUGUGGCUAUCAUGUACAGAUCCUGCUACUCCAGAGGAGUGCGCAACGAGCUGGGCAAAGGAGAGCAACAAAUGGGAUUGCGACUACGUAUACAGUCGCGUAAGGAACGACACAGAUCUUGGAAUUGACGGAUACGCAAAUCCCAGCCGGGAAACCUCACCGAACCGCGGCUCUUCCGUUCCUCAAUCCGUCGCCAUACCUAAGCCUUGUAAACCACUCCAACAAUGGCAAGAAGAACAGAAAAUCGACCGCAAUGCGCAGAUAAAACUCACCAAACUAGUGCACAUGCGCUACCAGCAUCCCAACCUCGAUGAAAUUACCACUUUCCUGCGUGACUUUGGUAUGAGCGUAGCCCAGAAAGCAGAAGGCAAAAAAUGGUUCAAAGGAUACGGCGAAGACCAAUACGUAUACUACGCUCAACAAGGAGAGAAGAAGUUCCUAGGCGGAUGUUUCGAAGUAGAGAGCUACGCAGAGCUAGAAAAAGCCUCCAAGAUUCCUAGAGCAGGUUCUAUCGAGGAAUUGACCGACGCGCCAGGAGGCGGCCACAUGAUCACAUUGCACGACCCAGAAGGCUUCCCCAUCAACCUCAUCUACGGCCAGACCAAAAAACAACCUGGCCCCUUCCCUGAAGUCCUGACCACAAAUUACGAAAACGAAAAGCCGCGAGUCGCGCGGUUUCAACGCUUUAAAUCUGGACCUGCCGCAGUGCAUAAACUCGGCCACUACGGUCUUUGCGUACAAAAUUUCCAAGCGGAAAUGCAAUGGUACACACGUACUUUUAACAUUGUACCGACGGAUUUCCUUUACAUCAAUACCCCCGAAGGUCAACAAAAAGACGUAGCAAUCUUCGCCCACAUCGACAUUGGCCCAUCCUACACAGACCACCACACCAUUUUCCUGUCCACAAAUCCCACAUCUCACGUCCACCACUGCAGUUUCGAGGUCCACGACUUUGACACGCAGAACUUGGGUCAUGAGUGGUUGGCACAAAAGGGGUAUAAGAGCGUAUGGGGUGUGGGUAGACAUAUACUGGGUAGCCAGUUGUUUGAUUAUUGGUGGGAUACGACGGGAAACAUGAUUGAGCAUUAUGCCGAUGGCGAUCUCGUGAACGAGGAGACGCCCGUAGGCUGGGGAGAAGCGGGUGAUGAAUCGCUGGCGGUGUGGGGGCCGGAGGUUCCGAAGUGGUUCCUGGAUUGA